AUGAGCACUGGUGAACUUGCAGGGGCUGGCGUCCGGAACAAUGGACCUCCAGCGACGAUAGGGUCCGUGGAGGAAGAUCACAGGUGUUCCCACCUGAAUUGCAACACCUCGGGGGCGUCUUUCCACGGCCAUCUCGACAUCCAGACCCUGGGCGGGGCGGGCUUUGCGUCCCAGCGCACGGCGAAUGACGAUUGCCAUCGACACUGGGAGCUGGCCUCGUUCGCCGGGCUCGAGGUCGCGAUCGACCUUUCGCAGUCCGACAACCACAUGUACACGUUGAUUCUCAAAGACACCGUGCUCCCUCGGAAUCCAGUCGACGGUCGCGAACAGUCCACCGUGUCGUGGGAGGCGGAGUUCUCCAAGGCGGACUGCCGUGUCGAGCACAGUACCAGAUCCCAUACUAGGACCGCCUCUCUCUUCAUUCCUUGGGACCGUUUCAAACCUACCUAUCGUGGCAAACCCUGUGGCGCCUCCCAGCCGCUGGACUUGAGCAAUAUCAAGCGGAUUGCCAUCAUGAUCAGAAGCUUCUUUGGCUCCCAAGAGGGGGACUUUUGCCUUGGAAUCAUUUCUAUUGCUGGUUGCUCUUCGCCGGGCCUUGAACCCCCAACCCCGUGCGAGACAUGUACAAACGAUCAGCAUGCAGGUGCCUAG